GAAUUGUUGGUGUCCGAAUUAAGGCCACAAGCGUGGGAGGGAGGGACACAAAAGCGGGUUCUGUGAGGCGUUUCUCCGUUACGGGGAGGAGAAGAAGAUGGGAGCGAUCAAUUCAGAACUGGAAGAGCUGUUUGAGGCCAAAAAACGCGUCAAGAACCCCUAUGUUCCCAUCGGUGCACUUAUCACCGCAGGAGUGCUCACGGCUGGGUUAAUCAGUUUCAGACAGGGCAAUUCUCACUUGGGUCAGCAGCUAAUGAGAGCUCGUGUGGUUGCUCAAGGUGCUACCGUUGCAUUAAUGGGUGGCACAGCUUAUUAUUAUGGGGACAAGUUUUAAAUUGGUUCCUGCUGGUUGAGUUUUUCUGCUUUGCAACUGUGCUUUGUCUCUCCCGAAUGUUAUUUGAGCAAGGAAAGUAUAGUUCGACAGCAAUCAUGUGCUUUUUUAUUCUAAGGAAAUAAUGAUUUGAUUUAAGCAAAUUACAGCCAACAGUUGUGGCGCGAGCACUAUUCUGAACCUGAGAUUCUGUAACAUGCAUGUUGGUUGAAGCAAAUUGCUGCUUCAAGAAUGAGAGUUGUAUUCAUGCAAGCAGUUCAAACAAAAGAAUGGUGUAAUUGACCAAUGUAUUUACCGUAAUAUCUUAUAUGCCAAUAUGCUCUCAUACUCUUGAGGCUUCUGCUUUCA